AUUCUUGAGAAUUCAUUACCCAAGUUAAUCCACGGUGGUCCAAUCUCACAAUCCCAACUUGAAAAUAUUAUUUGAUCAGCAGAAUUUCACCGGCACUCUACAUACCUUUUCUUUUUCCAACAAUCCAUCUGAAAAACUCAACAAAUUUCCCAUCAAACUUUUUGAAGGGUUUUUUUGGGUUAAUUUCUAGACGCACAAGAUAUAAAGGGGUCAGCAAUUAACGGAAAAGCGGGAAAGGGAAAGGAGAUCAUGUCUAGAUCAAACUGAUUUGUACAAAUCAUGUCCAGAUCAGAAUUGAUAUACAAAGAUCAUGUCCAGAUCAGAACCGAUCUCUCCAGGUCAGAACCAGUACAUGCAUGAUGGAAAGCGAAGUGACUGAGCGUCAAGCAAAAGAACGCCUGAGGACAAAAUGGACAGCUCCCCUUGAUAAGAUUUUUGCAGACUUGGUUGUGGAACAGAUUCAAUUGGGAAAUAGACCAAAUAACAUUUUUGACAAGAAGAGUUGGGGCUACAUACGUGACGAAUUCAAUAAGAAAACGGCUCUAAACUUCAAUAACAACCAAUUGAGAAAACACCUAGAUGUUCUCCGUGUCCGGUAUAACCAGGUUAAAUCUGCUUUAGUUCAAAAUGAUUUCAUCAUGGAAGAUUCAUGCUCCACUGGAUUUGACUUAUGGGAAGGCAUAGAGGUGAAUCCUAGACCAGAAGCAGUUAAAAUUAAGGACUGCCCCAUCUACGAGCAAUUAUGCAUUAUAUUUGUUGAUAGUGGGGCUGAUGGGAGAUAUGCUCAAUCAAGCCAUUAUGAGGAGGUUGAACAUAAAUCUAGAGCAAAUAAUGGUAAUCAUAUAGGUUUAGCAUCUGUUAGGGAAACUGAGGCAGCAACUCCUGAAGCUGCAUCAUCAAUGAAAUCCACGCAAGUGAAUAUUUCUUCGGUUGUAAAGGGAGGCAAGACUAAUUUGGAGAAAAAGAGGAAGCAUACAUCUGAGGUAGAUCAAAAUGGAGAACAACGAAGGGAGCAAGAAAUACUCGAUUCUAUGGCAGAAGCAAUGUUAGAUAUGAUUGGUUCCUCUAAGCUGAGGACAAUUACAAAGACAGAAUGUAAGGAAAUGUUCUCUAUCACAAAUUGCAUUAAGGCAUUGGAUGAAAUUGGAAGCAUGGGAGAGUCAUUGUACUUUGCGGCUUUGGAUCUCUUUGAUGAUCCUAAUAUAAGAGAAACCUUCAUAUUGCUUAAUGGUGUGGAUAGAAGAUUGUGUUGGUUACAGGAGCAGUGCAGUUCAACUAGUUGCUUUGAAGCACUAGGACACAUUAGCUAUAGAGAUUAACUGUUAAUGGAGUGAACUUUCUGUAAUUAUUAGGACAAACUAAUUUAGGGAUCAUUCAGUAAAAAUAGACAGAAUUAUUAUAAGCAUCUCAAGGCAAUGAAGUGGAUCUCCAAAAUCAAGAGUUUGGAGUUUCUUUAUUUUACA